AGAAUUGUAAUUUUUCUGAAGAUGACAAUUAUAUUGAUGAAAAUGAUAUUGAAGAAAAUCAUAAUACUGACGACAAUAAUAUUGAAGAGAAUUAUAAUACUGAUGACAAUGAUAUUGAAGAGAAUUAUAAUACUGAAGACAAUAAUAUCGAAGACAAUAUUGAAGAAUAUAAUAAUAGUGAAACAAAUUAUAUCUCUGAAGAGAAUGAUGAUAUUGAGAAAACUAAUGUCUUCAAAAACAAUAAUUUUGAAGACAAUAUUUCUGAA